UCCGGACAUGGAGUUGGAAAGUGAGUCUAUUAAUGCAUAUCUUGCGAUCAUGGUGAGACAAUGCAAUCGCCAUAAUUCAGCCAAAGCAGCAUUCAUUGAUUCAUUUUCAAUGACUGCCAUUUGGAAGAGAAAAGCUCCAAGACUCAAGAUCAAACCCAUGGAGCAUGAAGUGAUUCUGGGAAUUGUAAAUGAACAUCAUCACUGGACAUUAGUGGUCAUUUACCCACAAGAAAAGAAGUCGCUGUAUCUUGAUCCACUCGGAGAAACUAAACAAGGUAUCCAAAAUUGUUUGGAAUCAACAAGGGCAUUCAUGCGAAAAAAAGGAUGCAACGUCUCAAGAUGGACUUGUGACACAGUCAAACACCCAAAACAAUUGGACGCUACCUCAUGUGGAGUCUUUGCAUUGAAAGUACGAGUCUUAACCGUAAUACAUACAUAUAUACAACAAUAUUGGAAAUGUUGUGUUGUAAUAAAUGUUAAUGACAGGAAAAGGAAUAUAAGAUAAUUACACAAAAAAAGAAAGAAAUUGAUUCACAGCAAACAAAUUUCUAUAAAAUAACAUUUACGAUAUUAGCCUAUUUAGUCAUCUUAGAAUCUCUUUUUCAGUUUGCUGAAAAGAUCUUGCAAAAAGAGUCAAUAGACUUUCCGUCU